AGGCCAAAAGGAACAUUUUUUGUAAAUUUGUAUUUAUUUUUUAUUACAAUCAGGACUUCUAAAUGUAUUAUUUAAAAAAAAAAGUGCAAAAAAAAAUCCAAAUUAAAAAAAAUCGAUAUUUGGCUAGCAGGCAGGGGCGGACUGACCAUUUGGAAACUCUGGCACUGCCCGGGGUCAAGGGUCCCAUGAGAUGCCCCUGAUACCUUUUUCAUAGGCUUUUUUGAGUUUGGGCAAGGACACAGGGGCCCCAUGAUCCCCUAUUGCCCGGGGG